GACAGAGAGGUAGGAGAGGUUAGGAAAUGUCAAGCAUUGUGCGAAUUGGCAGUCCUAGGUUUUCUGUUGAUGGUUUUCGAGGAGAUUCCCCGACUUUCAUUAACUCAUGUACCGAUAUUGGUUGUCGCCGGAGCUUCUCCUACCACAAACUUCCUCAAGUUCUCUUCAAGCUCUCUAUUCUGAAAUUGGAUGGUUCUUCUUUUGAUGUUCAAGUUGCGAAGACGGCUUCAGUCGCUGAACUCAAGCAGGCGGUAGAGGAUUUCUUUCAUUUGUCUCCAAAGGAAGGUCAAGGCAAAAUCUCCUGGUCACACGUAUGGGGUCAUUUCUGCUUAAGCUUUGAAGAUCAGAAACUAGUUAACGACAAGGCUUAUAUCAGAAGUUUUGGGAUCAAUGAUGGUGACCAGCUUUGUUUUAUUCGGCAUCUCUCAAUCAACUACAGCCCAAUCAAGAAAUCUAAAAGUUGUAAUGCCUAUUAUGAAGAAGAAACGACUUCCUCAUCAGGAUUGGAUUCUCUUGAAGAGGAGGAACAGAGGCAUGCAGAUGAUGAGGAUCAAGCUGGUUGUAGUGGUGAUCAAGAAAGUAUGGAUAAGUACUUCCGAAUUGAAGAUGGCAAGAACGGAGAUAUCGUUUGCCACACAGAAUUCAAAUUAGCUCACUUCCUCAGAGGUUGGCUCUCAUACUCAGGGUUGUGGUCAAGGGGGAAAUCAAGAUCACACAGCAAAGCUCGCUCCUCAAGGUUUGCAGGACAUUUCUUAAGAGUUGGGACGAAGACGUCUCUGCUUUGAAGGUAAUAACCCCGUAAAUAGGAGGCCUCAAGUGGGUGAAGUUCAUCAUCUAUGUUCUUCUUCUAUAAAAGAUGCACAAACAUGGACCUUUCAUGUCAGGUCCAUGGUUUGAGAUGCACAGUGAUCUUGACAUGGCUUUGAGAAGUUUUAUACAUGAUGAUGGGAGAAUCCGAGAACAAAAUAAUGAUAAAUUCAGU